CUGGUUUUCAGUUUUGGCGCAGGAGGGCCAAACUCCAGAGGGGCUGGCUUUGCUUGUUAAAGAUGGUGAGACUGCCAUGAGACCAAACACACCUGUAUGACUGCGCUCAGAGUAGUGCACAAAAAUCAGUUCUUGGACAUAAUGGAUCACAUCUACAGAAGACCUGAACUACAAAGAGUGUUAAGAGUGCUAAACCAAAAGGAGGACCGAGAUCUGCAACGUAAGCUAAUCAUGUUGGAUAAACAGCACCGAUACACCCAGAAAAUGCUUCAACAGCGAAGGGACAAACUGAUAAAUGAAGCAAGACGGAUGGUGAUGGUACAAGUCUGUGAACCAAAAGCUACAGUCAGCAUCGCUAUGAAAGAAAUCGCCGAGUAUGAAAGAAAUGCAGACGCAAACUUCUCCAGGGCGAUAUACACAUCUGCUGGACGAUUGCAUCCUAGCAAAUCCAGCUAUGAAGGAUCUAAACUCGUGGAACAGGGUCGAUCCAUAUCAGCACCACCACCAUCGACUAAAUCUACAAGUUCUGUGAGACACAAAGGGAAAGUCCAGAGCAACUUGUCACUUAUGCAGAUGAAACAGAUUGCAACGAUUGACUCAAUAUCAGAAAAAGAGCUGGCCAGGCAACAGCAGAAAGCCCAAGAGGAAAUGGAAAGGCUGAGACUGCUUCAGAGAGAAAUGUUACACAAGAAGGUGAUGGAAUUUAUAGAGAAGCUGAAAGAUAAAAAAGACGUGGAGGUUGUUACGAAACUUUCGUAGAGGAAUUUGAAAGUUUGGGCACUUUUACUUUUACAC